UCAACCGACUGACCGACGGCGGAAAGCAGAGCGUCAUUCUCGAGGCACGCGGCAGCAAUCCAUUUUUAUCCCCCAACCUACCUACAUCAUCCGACCUUCAACGACGGACGACGCCGAUACCCCCCUCCCACGAGCGAAUCCAAACCUCAACCUCCAAUCGGCGCAUCAAACCAAAAUACCAGACCACCUCUUUUUACACAUCCCAACACACACAAAAACAUCCCGAGAUACCCACCCUUUUCUAAACAAACACAACCGCCACAAUGUCCUUCUUCCGCAUAACCCUCCACCGCUCCGCCAUCGGUCUGCCCAAGCGCACCCACGGCGUGCUCGCCGCCCUCGGUCUCCGUCGCCGCAACCAAACCGUCUUCCACCCCGUCGAACCCCAAUUCGCCGGUAUGCUGAUGAAAGUCAAGGAGCUCGUUCGGGUAGAGGAGGUCCCCCACCGCUUGACCAAGCGCGAGCUGAAGGAUGAGCGCAAGCCGGACACCGGGUUUGUGGUGGAGAAGCAAGUGAGACGGUUCAUCCCCGGGGUGGGAGUUCAGGACGAAGUGGAUUUCUCCAAAGUGGUGGAAGAGCUGAAGGCGCAGAAAGUUGAGAACGUUGAAGGGGUGGAGAAGAUGGUGGUGGAGGGAGGGGCGGUGGUCAGGGAUGGCAAGCGGGCUGGGGAUUUGGGCGUGAGGACGAGAAGUGAUUGGGAGGUUAUUGGCAAGAUGAAGAGUGUUUUGCCCAAGGUUAAGGCUCUCUAAGUUCCAAAUUGUUGACAGGGCAAGGGGGAAGAAUGGAUGAGGAGGAGGAGGAAUAGGAGGUCGAGAAGGACAGGGAAGGUUGUCAAGACCGCGCCCAGUCAGCAUAUUGCCAAAUGGUUGGCUGGGCGCAUGGUUCUGGCACUACGUCCCGAGCCAGCUGUUGUGUCUCUUUCGGGACGGGCUUGUGUCUGGGAAAUACUGAGCUCGUAUACUCACUCGGUCGGCUUACCUCGGAUCUUACGCCGUCUAGAAGCACUGCUUUGCUUGCUCGAAUACUCCCGUCUUUCUCGACCACCAUUUUGUACAAUACUGUAUGCUACGAAUACCACGUAGUAGGAAAUCAUCGGAAUGGGAAAAGCACGUUGGAACAAGUAACUACCUGUGAUCUGCACGGCAGCUAGACAUGCCUGUAGUAAUAGGAAAAAGCGAGCAACAAGGACGGAUGUGA